AUGGCAUCAGGGAGGACCUCCCUCUGCCCAGGCUGCCGACUCCUGGGGCUAGUCCUGGCGAUGCUCCUGGUUGAAUCUCGAGGCGAGGACUUAAUUUUGCACCCUGACUGGGGGUUUGACUCAUACGAAAUCACCAUCCCCAAGAAACUAAGCUUCCGGGCUGAAGAGCAGGGUGUGGCCAGGCACGAGGCCUACCUCCUGAAGGUAAAAGGCAAGAAGCAUGUCCUCCACCUGUGGCCCAAGAGGUUUCUGUUGCCCCGACAUCUGCGGGUUUUCUCCUUCACGGAUCAAGGGGAUGUUGUGGAGGACCACCCUUACAUACCGAAUGUCUGCAAUUACUUGGGCUCAGUGGAAGAGUCUGAGGAAUCGGAAGCUACGUUGAGUACGUGCACAGGGGGCCUCCGAGGCAUACUGAAAAUUAAUGAGGAAAUUUACCAAAUCGAACCCCUCAAGGAUUCUUCCAAGUUUGAACAUGUUAUAUAUUUCCUGAAUAAGGAUCACUUUAGCAAUUGGACCUGUGGUUUAACUAAUGACCGGCUAGAACUGCAGAUGGCCCAGCGCGAGGAUAUGACUAGAAUCAGGGACUUUUCUGGAUCCUACAUGCACCAAAAGUAUAUGGAAUUGGUCAUGUUGUUUGAUCAUGGUAGAUAUGUGUUUGUAAAUUCCAAUCUAACUCAAGCUGUAAGCGACGCCUUUAUUCUUACCGGAAUUAUGGACACCUACUUUCAGGAAAUCAGUAUAAGGAUACACUUAAAAGCUCUGGAAAUAUGGACAGACAAAGACAAAAUAAACAUCGAAGUAAGCAAGUUAACUGAAGUUCUAAGCCAAUUUUUAUUAUAUAGAAGAGACAUCUUAAAUGCUCGGAUUCUAUCAGAUUGGUCACAUUUAUAUGUUAAGAGACAGUUUCCCGAUGCUCUUGGAUGGACUUUUGUUGGGUUAAUGUGUACUAAAUUGUAUGGUGGAUCUACGAGUAUUUUCCCAAAUCUAGAUAUCCUUGGACCUGGCACGUGGUCUACUCAUGAACUUGGUCAUGGUUUGGGAAUGAAACAUGAUGAAGAAUACUGUCAAUGUAAGGGUAAGCAUAGUUGCAUCAUGGGCACUGGACGUUCUGGGUGGAGUAAUUGUAGUUUUAUCUAUUAUUUGCAGUUUGUAUAUUCAGGAGCAUCUUGUCUAAAUAAUGUACCAGGAAUAGCUUAUAUGUUGGAGAGAUGUGGAAACAAAAUUGUGGAAGAGGGUGAAGAAUGUGAUUGUGGUUCAAGAUCAGACUGUCUUAAAGACAAAUGUUGUCAACCAAAUUGUAGAUUCAAACAUGGUGCCAACUGUAGCAUUGGUCUUUGCUGUCAUGACUGUCAAUUUCGCUCAUCUGGAUAUGUAUGUAGGCAGCAAGAAAAUGAAUGUGAUCUUGAAGAAUACUGCAGUGGAACCUCAAGUCAUUGCCCCGUUGACAUGUACAAGCAGGAUGGAACCCCUUGCAGAUACAAAGCCCAUUGUUUUAGGAAGGGCUGUCAAUCUAGGUUUAUGCAAUGCCAAAGACUUUUUGGACCUGAUGCCAGGAAUGCUCCUACUCGGUGCUAUGAUGCUGUGAAUUUAAUGGGGGAUCAAUAUGGCAAUUGUGGUAUCACAGGAACUCAUUCCUAUCAAAAGUGUAGGAAAGAACAUGUACUAUGUGGCAGGCUACAAUGUAUAAAUGUCAAAACUGUCCCUGAUAUGCCAGACCAUAGUUUAAUAAUUAACACUCAUCUGAAGAAUGAAAAUCUCCUGUGCUGGGGCACAGGCUACCAUCUCGGCAUGAGACCCAUGGGAAUCCCUGACUCAGGUGUGAUAAAUGAUGGCACCCCCUGUGGAAAGAAUAAGAUGUGUCUUAACAGAAGUUGUGUUCCUUUCUCUGAUCUGCAGUACGACUGUUUACCCGAGAAGUGUAAUAACCGAGGCAUUUGCAACAAUAGGAAACACUGCCACUGCAUAUAUGGCUGGGCCCCUCCAUACUGUGAGGAGGAAGGGUAUGGAGGAAGCAUUGAUAGCGGGUCUCCAAGACCGCUACGUCAGGAGGUGCCUUCGUCAGUUCAGAUUGUGUCUAUUAUGCUAUUACGCCUUAUUUUCUUAAUCAUCUCAGUGAUUAUUGUGUUUUUAAGUCACACUAUAUGA